GGAAAAAUGGUGCGCUGCAUGGUGUGCCCUUACGCCCCAUGGUGAACUGUUUACUUCAGGCAGGCUUGGGCACAGGCUGCCAAGUUUACAUGGCUCGUGCAGUCAUUGAUGUCGGCUGCCUUCAUAGCUUUCGACUCAAUCGCUGCACGCGUCAGCUAAGCGGCCUGCCUAAAGAGUGAAAGACUGGCAUAACCUCCGCGCGCAGCAGCGCUGUUGCCGCAGGGCCAUGGCAUUCAUGGGCAAAUUUUCCAAGUGCCCGCUGUGCCAUAAAGAGUUCAGCACGUCGGGCAGCCUCUCCAAGCACAAGCGACGCGUGCACAAGGUGAUGCCCGAUCCGACAAGGGCAGCUCGCGCUGGCCGCGAAGUGAGGUGUGGAGAACAAGACUGUACCUACGUUGCUACAAGGCGCGACGACAUGCGUGACCACUUGGUCGUCGAGCACGGCCUCUCGCUGGUUGAAGUGCAGGAGGAAUUUGAGUCGAUGAAGGACUUCCGCGAAUGGAUGGACCUCGUGUCGCGCGCCAAUCGAACGCAGUUCGCGGCGCGGGCCAGUGACACGCAGGCCCGGGCAACUGUCCACCGCUACGUCUGUCACCGUUCCGGGCUGAGCAACCUUAAGACUACCGCGCGGCGGCGCCGGAUAAAGUCACAGGGCUCAUGCAAAAUGGGCAGCUGGUGCACCGCGUACCUGAACGCCCGCGAGUGCCUGCUAACAGGUGCGGUGCGUGUCAACGGUUGUUUGACGCACUAUGGCCACGACAUGGACGUCGUCCACCUUCGCAUCUCUGCAGCUGACCGGCGGGCCAUACUGGCCGAGAUUCGGCGCGGCGUACCCUUCGACCGCAUCCUCGAGAACAUUCGCAGCGAUUUUCCUCAGGACGCACGGGAAAUAACGCGCACGCACCUCAUCACCAUGGGCGAUAUCCGUAAUAUCGCCGUCUCUGAAGGUCUGCUCUCAUGGAAGUUGGACGUGGACGACGACCGGAGCGUUCGCAAGCUUGCCGCACGCUUCGCGGCCCAGUCCUAUAGCCCGAUCCUUCUCUACAAAUCUCGGGGCACCUCCGCAGACGCCCCCGCGGAAGCCGAUCCGACGGCUAUCGGCAUCGGCAGCUAUCGGGGUUUGGCUGAGGAUGACAUGGCACUAGUGAUUCAGACGCGCUACCAGCGAGAUCUGGUCAGCAGGGACCCCGCGCUUGUGUGCGUCGAGCCGGUGACGGGUCAUAGCUCCGAAUACACGUUGCUGGCCCUUCUGGCCACAACAGACGCGGGCCUGGUGGUCCCUAUCGCCUGGUGCGUCUGCGGCGCCGCUAAUCCGGCUGUCGUGGCCGCUUUCUUCGGGGUCGUCCAUCAGAACAUGGGCGACUUCACACCGCGAUUCUUCAUGUCUGAGGACACCGAAUUCUACUUCAACGCCUGGCUGGAAGCUUUCGGUGCCGAACCACGACCGCACAAGGUUCUUUCGUCGUGGCAUCUACAGCGUGCAUGGACUGAAGCCGUCAACACGUGGGUUCGCGGCCGGGAGAAGCAGGCAGCUGUAAACAGGUCGUUAGAACUGCUCGUGAACCAGGAGUCAGUCGAAUCUUUCCAUAAAAUGCUGCGCCGGGUCAUCAGCAUGCUCAAAAUGGACAGUGACACUGCCAGUUUUGGCGACGUAUUCGAAUCAACUUAUGCUGGACGGCCUGAGCAGUGGGGAAGUUGCUUUUUCAGGGACCUUGAUAUCAACAUUGAAGAUUUCCACACAUUGUUCAGGCGCAUUGCAAGCCGCCUAAAAGUGAAGAGAUUGGACAAAAUAGCCCAUAAUCUGCUGCUUGCCUCUGAAUCAAAGCAGUAUGAAAACUACAUGAAAGUUGUCCGUCAAACACAGCCUGAAGUGGAAAGCUCAAAAAAUCAGAAGGCUGCACCUGUUUUAAAUGAACUAAUUCAUACUGCUGAUGGAGUUCCAGUUGAGGUUGUGUCCAUUGAUACAAUGGACAUUGUUGAAACAGUGUCUAUUGACACAGUUACCUAUGAGGCAAUGACCACUGGUGGGAUGCCAGUUCAGGUAGUGCCUGUGGAGGAAUUGCAGGUGCACGAGCUACAAUCUGGUGAGCCACAAAUUGAGACCAUGUGCAUUGAAGAGGUGCAUGCUGAAACUUUGCCCGAGCUGGAAGUACCUUUAGAUAAACCAAACUUACCAGCAUGUGAACAAUCUCCUUUGAAGCCGAAACGUUCUGGUCGCAAGUCCACACACCAGAUGGCACUGAAAAUAUUGGAAGCACAUCAGGAUGCGCUGAACAUUUCUCGAGAACAUAUUGUUCAUGUAACUGACAACCAAUGGAAAGUGAUUGAUGAAGGUGACACCUACGAUGUUAUUGAGGUGCUUAGUCACUGUAAGGCCAAUUGUCAGCUUCGCUGCAGGCAAUGCAAUGCUUGUUCACACAGGUACAACUGCAGUUGUGACUGCACGUACAUGUGCCGACACAUCCAUGCAUGUCUCAUUCAUGCAAGCGAAAUCUUCACCGAGCCAGUGGGAAUGGCAGAGGAAGUGGCGAACACAAUGACACCUGAAGCAUUGGCUGAGAGCACGAGCUUUGCAUUUUCAAGCAUUGAGCCCACUGAAGAAGCAGCCGUGCAAGGAGACAAGAAGAAGCUUGAAGUGCUUUGUGCCUUGCAUAAGCUAAAUGAAACAUGUGUCCGUGCCGCAGAAAUACUGGCAGCAAGAGAAGGCUUACCACUAACGCACCAAGCAGACUACAUUUUAUCAACCUUGAAGGCAACAAGCACUGUGCUGGACACCUUCUGUCGCAGAGGCAUGACCCAGACUCCAAGAAAGCUAGCUGAUCAUGACUAUGAAAGCACAAAUUAGUGUGGAGUUUGGAUAGUGCACAUUAGUUUGAUUGUCCAUCUUGUUUAGGGGUGACUGCCAAGUUUAGAUGGAAGGAGAAGGUGUUGAGAGAUGUUUAGGCAACUUAUAAGUGAAGGGCUUGAACGCAAGAACUUGAGAGGACCAUGAUGUGGGCCACGUGUUUGAGACCCCUGAUCUAGUACCCUUGCACAUUCAGAAGUGUUGCUACAUAAACUGUUGUCUUCCACUGCAUCACAACUUCAUCAAGACAACACAGAACAUAGAUGGCGCUCACAUGCCAAAAGAGAAAAGAAUCUGUUUAUGGCCUUGCAUAAUGUGUUGUACACAUUGUUAGGUAGCUAGCAGCGACAUAUCCUGAUUGGCACGGCACAGCUAGGCUUAAGGGCAACAGAAGUAGUUUAUGAAGCAGUAAAUAGGCCAUGCCUGUUAAUGGCCUUCAAUUGAAAAAGCAAAGCAUGAGCUUGAAGUGCACAUAACAGUCUGCAUGUCACACGAGUGUUUAAUAGCCAAUAGGUCAGUGAGCCCCAGAGAAGGGCUUUGGAAUAUGUUAGAGCAUGUACAUAAAGCAAACAGUAGUCCUACAAUUGUUCACUUGGACGCUUUCCUGAUCAUGCUGUGAUCUUAGCUGCUACUUGAUGGGCUUGCAGUUAUGUUUACUGUGUCUGUCUCCAGUGUGCAUGACUGCUAGAAUUGCCUUUAAACUUUUCACAUUGCAAUCAGCAGUGUCAUGUUUAUUAGAAUUUCAUUUGCAGUGAUUGUUGCCUGCAGUGCUUCAAGCUAGUAAAUCGCAAGUGUCCUACUGCGAGUUACAGAUCACAUUGGCGGACGGUGAUCAGCACACUUUGGCUCACUUAGUGCACAUGUGUGUGCGUUGCCCAUUUUGCUGUGACGUCUUGCAGUGCUGACCAGCCGGUGUUGAACACGCUAGGGGAGCUGUGCUAGUCAUAGCAUUGUACAGCAUUGUACAACAGCAUUGCAGCAUAGUGGGCACCAGCAGGUUGCAAAUUAUAUCUAUUAAUGCCUGCAACUACCGACACGUUCAUAAUAUUAAACAAGUGCGACUGGCCCAGUUAGUGAAAAACUGACACUAUUGUAGUUCCUGUAACACACAAAUUGAACUAUCACAAGUUUUGCUUUGGGAGCGGUUUGACUUGUAAGAUAGAUAGAAUAAACUUUAAUGUCCAACGGAUAAGGUGAUCUACCCACCCCCCGGCACGCAGGUCAGGGGGCGAGUGCCGCCGCCUCAGAUGCAGGCAUGCAGAUGUAAGCAUUUGGAUUUCAGCAUUUCGUAAUGCCACCAAACUACUAUAAUUGCAGUGCCAGCUUCUUUCAAUAUGUUGCUGCAAAAAGUGCAUGUUUGGCCACCUUAAUUCGCAGACUAUAGUGCUCGAGUUAUACAUGGAGUGCUGUUUGGACUUGUUCAGUAGAAUUAACUUUCAGCAUAUUAUUUCACCCACAAGUAGGCCCUGCAUGGUUGGUUUCUGUAAAUCUCGCGAUCACAAAGUGUUUCGUGGUGAAGGUUGUGCUUGCAACCAGCAAUGAACAUACUACUGUUAUUAAUACACAAUGCAUAAACAUCUAGAUUGCAGGGAAACGCGUAUACAAAAAAAAAAAAAAGCAACAGCUGUGGUUGACAAAAGGUUUACACUUGCUGGCCUAAAUUGAAGCCAGCGUAUUUCUAUUGUUCACAUUGUUAUUUUGCAUUGAAUAACAGUAUAUGUAUGUUGAUUUUGCUGCAUGUAGUCUCGUGUAUGAUGUGUAGUGCUGCCAUUGCAUUGUAGGCUCUUAAGUACACACCACACAAAGGAAGUGUUGCAUGUUCAAAUGUCGGAGGUAGGCACAUUUGAGGCAUGCGGCAGAUGGGCUUGCAUGGCUGUUUGUGCAAAUGUUUUCGUUGCCGAGCAAAGCACGCUAUUGUGCAGUGCUUGUUCUGCGGUGCAGAAUUUUCACGGGUGGUGCUAACGAACUUUGUCUUACUGGUGAGGGAAAUGUCUGGCAGGACAACUAUCUUAUUUUGACAAAGAAUCAGAUGAACUAACUGCUGAAGCAGUGGGUUGCAGCUACAAGUACUAAGGCUGCACUGUUAAGAGUAAUCUAAGGAGAGCAGUGAGCAUGUCCCUAGUGUCAUUAGCCUGUUUGCUUCACUACAGGAAUUUCAACUUGACAACUACGUAUGCAGCAAAAUGAUGCCAUUAGUCGUGCAUACAAAAGUUUAAAAGCUGGCUGCAUGACAUGACAGAGGUGAUAUUCCACGUUGGUUAUGCUGUUCACAUGAAUGCGCAAGAGGAAACUCAAGCUAUGUAAACUGGUUGCCUGGAAAGUUAAACUUUUAAGCAGCAACAGUUACAAAUUAUGUGCAAGUGGCUAGGCAGUGUCUCGGUUGAGCUAACAGCCAUGCGUGCCUGACAACUAUUCCAUUUAAAGCUCAGUUGAAUGUGUACUACAUGCAAUGUUACAAAUGCACAGGGAAACGAAAUUAGCCCCACUUCCCUGUUCAUUGCAAGGACAGCACAACCUUUUGUGCUGCUGAGAUAUUAUAAAGCAACUGUAAUUCACAGUACGGUUGAGGAACAAAGUGCCUGAGCUUGUAUAUUCUGUUCACCCUAUUCACAGGUUUCUACAGCAAGUGUUGCUUGACUACGUACCAGAUCAAGUAUAUGAAUCCUUUUUAUCAUAGCUUACAGAAUUGUGUUGGUGUGUUUUCCACAAACUUGCUUGGAUACACUACAUUCUAGUCACUUCGAAUAAGCACCGAAGCACAGAAAAGGACUGUGCGGGGUAUGUGAAAUUGUUUUCUGUGCAUAUUUAAUAAGCAAAGCUUGCCAAUUCACAAAGAAACACACACAUAUGCAAUGUUGUUCUGGUGUGCAGUUCAUGUUCUUUCAAACAUUGCACUCGUGUGCGCGUGGCGUCUCAGUUAUGUAUUAAAAGCUACAUGCAUCUGGC